AUGGUUGAUUACUUGACUUGCAAGAUGACCAGCAGCAGCUCCUCGGUGUAUGGCUAUGCCACACUUCUUUUCCUUGCAUUCUUAAGUUCCAUCACUCAGAGCCAGAAACUGAUCAACACUACUAGCACUGCUGGAGGAAAACAGUGGGCCAUUUUGGUUGCUGGCUCCAAUGGUUAUGAAAAUUACAGGCAUCAGGCUGAUGUAUGCCAUGCAUACCAAAUACUGAGGAAAGGUGGAUUGAGAGAUGAAAACAUCAUCGUUUUCAUGUACGAUGACAUUGCUUUCAAUGUUGAUAACCCCAGGCCUGGCAUCAUCAUCAACAAACCUUUUGGCCAUGAUGUUUAUGCAGGAGUCCCCAAGGAUUACACCGGAGAGAACUGCACAGUUGACAACCUAUUUGCUGUACUUCUGGGAAACAAAUCUGCUCUCACUGGAGGGAGUGGCAAGGUGGUGGGUAGUGGUCCAAAUGACAAUAUUUUUAUAUAUUAUGCUGACCAUGGUGCUGCAGGCUUAGUAGGUAUGCCUACUGGGAACGACCUGUAUGCCAAAGAUCUUAUAGAAGUGUUUAAAAAGAAGCACGAAGCUAAAUCGUAUAAAAGCAUGGUAUUCUACCUUGAAGCUUGUGAGGCUGGGAGUAUGUUUGAAGGUCUUCUUCCAAGCAACUGGAGCAUAUAUGCAGUUACUGCCGCAAAUGCAGAGGAGAGUAGCUAUGGAAUAUAUUGUCCCGGAGACUAUCCUACUCCCCCUCAGAAUUUCUUACUUGCUUGGGAGAUCGAUUUACACGAUAUGAGCCAGGAAACUCUACAGCAGCAAUAUGAAGUGGUUCGAAGAAGGACAGGAUUUGACUAUGAAGACAGGUCUCAUGUCAUGCAAUAUGGAAACAUGGAGCUUAUUAAGGACCUGCUCUCUGUUUACAUGGGCACAAACCCUGCAAAUGAUAACUACACUGUCAAUAUUGGCAUUGAAGCAUACCCUUCAAUGAUCCCCAGAGCUUUUGACCAACGCGAUGCGACUCUUCUGUAUUUCUGGCACAGGUAUUCGAAAGCCCCAGAUGGAUCUGAUAAGAAGGCUGAGGCUCACAAGGACCUGCUUCGCCUACAUUCUCAUAUACGGCACGUGGACCGUAGCAUAAAUCAUAUCGCUGCAAUUCUGUUUGGGGAUGAAAAUGCUGCAAAUUUGAUGAAGUUUGUUCGACCUUCAGGGCAACCUCUUGUCGAUGACUGGGAUUGCUUGAAGGGGCUUGUGAAAGCUUACGAGAAACAGUGUGGAGCUCUAUCAUGGUAUGGAAAGAAGUAUACAAGAGUGAUAGCAAACAUGUGCAAUGGUGGGAUAGAAGUGGAGCAGAUGACUGUGGCAUCCACCAAAGCUUGCUUGAGGAAUAACUCUACUUCAGCUAGUGAUGAUGAUGGUACAAUUUGCAUCUGGGGUUUAGAUCCGAACCAGGGAGAUCGAGAAGAAUGGAAUGAAUCAUCCAUCGAUAUCACCAGCAGCAAAGAAGCAAAAAAACAUGCAAAUCCUUAA